AUGGCUUCGUUAGAUCAGAUCAAGAGGGAUUGCCGGAAAGUCAUGUGCAUCGGCCGCAACUACGCCGACCACGUCAAAGAACUCAACAACCAACGCCCCAAACAACCCUUCUUCUUCCUCAAACCCCCCUCAUCCAUCCUCCUCCCCAACGAAGGCCCCAUCCUGCGCCCCGCCGGCGUGAACCUCCACUUCGAAGUCGAGCUCGGCCUCGUCAUCGGCAAGACCGUCAAAGACCUCGAUGAGAACGAUACCGCCGGCUGGCUAGAUGCCAUAGACUCGUAUCUCCUCACCAUCGACAUGACCGGCCGCAACGUGCAAGAAGAGGCGAAGAAGCGGGGCCUGCCGUGGAGUAUCGCCAAGGGUUUCGAUACGUUCCUGCCGGUCGCGGGACCCGUGGAGAAGUCGAAGAUUGGGGAUCCGCAUAAUGUGGAUUUGUGGUUGAGUGUGAAUGGGGAGGUAAAGCAGAGUGAUAAUACCGAGUUGAUGUUGUUCAGGAUUGGGAGGCAGUUGAGUGACAUUUCGAAAGUCAUGACGCUGGAGAAGGGGGAUAUUGUGUUGACGGGGACGCCGAAGGGUGUGGGCACUGUGGUGACGGGCGAUGUGAUCGAGGCUGGGGUGAAAGUUGGUGGGGAGGAGCUUGCGAGGAUAAAGGUUGAUGUUAAGGAUCGGGAGGGCCCGUAUGAGUUUACUGAGACGUAUUAG